UCAGUUUGAUGGGAUCUGGUCAAUUUGACAAGGCCGGUAUUCUGAGCCACGACCUCUCCGGCCUUGAGGCUGGCUCUCCCGGCUUCACGAUCUCCCCUCAAGAACUCCAGGGCCUUGCCGCUGCUUUCAAGGACCCCGCCUCCGCUUUUGGUACCGGUAUCACCGUUGGUGGCGAGAAGUUCGUCGCCAUCAAGGCUGACGACCGCAGUCUGUACGGCAAGAAGGGCAAGGAGGGUAUCGUUGUCGUCAAGGCCGUCUCCUGCGUCAUGGUCGCCCACCACGCUGAGAACGCCCAGACCACGAAUGCCGCUACUGUGGUCGAGAACCUCGUUGACUACAUCAACAACCCCCGGUGAAUGGGUUUAAAAGCAGAAUGAAAUUGUGUUUUGUCUCGCCUUGAGCAAGGGACAGUCGGUAAUACUGGUUAUUUAAAUGUAAAUCAUCAUGGUGGUCUCCUUUUCUCGGUUGUCUUUUCUCUCUCCGGUAUUCUUCGCAUCAAUUGGCAUUUAUUACUUCUCGUAGAUUCAUAGCUGUACAUUAUGUGCUAUAAGUAAAGCCAUUCCAACGAGCCUUUAUUUGAUAUGGAAGUCCAGACCGGCCAUUUCACAUGCUCAGGAAAGAGAGUUAACAGCCCAAAGCUAUCUAGCGUCCACACCUGUCCCGCAUUCCGAAUGAUAUCACCGGCCACUCUGUUAUUCUGACA